AUGGUAUUCGGUCUGUCCAAGAGAGAGACAAGAGUCCCCGACCUCUCUAGGUACGACUACUACUACGCUAACAAGAAGCCAGACUACAACAAGUCUCCUCAACUCUCCACAGAUGCUGCAUGGGCUGCCCAGAACAGAACAUCUUCCCUUUCAAGAGUCAAUGCUCCACAGGCAGCAGCUACACAACCAAAACCACAGCAACAUCGUCGUCGUCGUGCCAGUCAGAUAUCCUACUCCUCUUCUCCUGCUCAAAGAAGAGUCUCUGCUCCAGUAGCCAAACAAAGAGCACCUGUGAAGAGACAGUCACAGCAGCAGCAACAACAACAAUACAGAUCGUAUUCAUUGGCUUCACAUGACGGAGUACAUCGAACAAAGACCACACAUACCAAACAAGCAACAACAGGAGCCGUUGCAGCAAAAAGGAAGGCCAAUUCCAUCACAAUCGCAUCUCAUAAACCACCAGCUUCAAAUUCACGCACAAACUCCAUAACAGUCCAGACUAAAAAGAUCAAGGACCCUCAGGGAAGAACCGCAUCAUUCACGAGACAAACAAGGAGGAUUGUGGAUGGGUACGAAGUCAUUGAGACAAGCACCAUCACUAGAACAAAACUACCUGCUUCUGCCCAGGAUAAUGCUGAUCUAGUUGCAUUACCUCCUCAUCAGAACCAUUUCGAUCAAUUUAGUGACAAUUUCAUGACGUUGGAAAGUGAAGGCGAUGAGGAACCAAUCAUUGACACUGUUUCAGGAGACGAGGAGGUAGUGGACAGGAAUAAUGUACCCAUUACAGCAGAUGAUCUGGAUGAGUUCCCGCUAGAGGACGAGAUCAUUGAUGAAGAGGAUGAAGAGGAAGAGGAAGAAGGCAAUGAUGAACCCAUUUCAGCAAAGGCAGAGGAAUUCAUCUCCAAAAAUUUUGUAUACGAUACAAGAAACCCAUACCUGGAUGAUAUGGGCACCAAUGAUACAGUUAACGAACCAUCCACUCCGGAAUUGCAUCAUCCUUACUCAACUUUUAAAUCACAUACACAGAAAUCUCCAACUAGUACGUCAUUAGUACCCUUGGAACAAGAAAGCAGUUUGUCCAAAUUUUCGGAUGCAUUAGAUCAUAUACCAGUAACAGGAUCACUACCAGAAGAAGAAGAACAAGAAGAAGAGUAUGUGGCCCCACCAGUAAUUCGUGUCAAGAAGCCAAGAGGAAGUUCAAUAGGUUCAAAUUCAGUUCCCUCCUCACCAAGAAAGGUACCCAAGAAGGUAUCUACGAGAACAUUGCAAAAGAAGGCCUCAUCACCUCAACCUUCAGCCAGAUCCAACUUAAGUAAGAACACUACAAUGACUAAACAAAGGCAGUCUCAUUCACAACAACCAAAACCCGCUAAGAAAAAGCCAAUGACAGAAGAAGAAAUGUAUGCCAAGGCAUUAGAAAUAGCAACCAUUAAUGUAUUCGGGAAGAACACACCAGUACCAUUGUCAACGAGAACGUCUGAAAGAAAAAGUAAUAUGGGACAACGAAUGUCACUAAGAGAUCAACCUUCCACUACCAUAGGUUCAGAACCCAUGAAUAACACUAGCCAUGGAACAAGUGAUACAUCGGUACCUAGUCCUCCAACCAAAUCACACAAGACGUUUGGAGGUUCUUUCUUUCACAGAGAAAAGAUUCAACCAAUUGUUGAAAAGGAAGCAGCUGUGACAGAGCCCGUACAAGCUCCUGAAGAAAAUAAUUCCCUAGCCAUGACAAAAGUGGUACCACCAGUUGUGGUUCCAUCGUCAAUUCCUUCUGAUACUCCGAUAACGGUACCACAAUCACCAUCACCAACAACAUCAGGUAUUUCCGAAGAAGUAGUGGAUAAACAAAUUUCAAGCCCUGACAAGACGAAAUCACAUAAGAAUAAAGGGUUUAGAAAUUCUUUCUUCCAUAAGGAAAAAGUAUUCACUCCCAUCAUUGAAGACCCACCCGUGGCGAAACCUUUUGAAAUUGAUGAUGAUUCAAUGCCAGUACUACCAGUAACACCUGUAGAAGAACCACAGUCUACAUUAGUAGUUGCCAAUAGUAGUAAUAACAUCAAGCCUAAGAAGAAGAAAAUGACAGAUGAAGAAAUGUAUGCAUCAGCUUUGAAAAUUUCUGAAGAGAGAAGUAAAAAUGCCAAGGGUAUAAUGGGAACUGCAUCAAGUACUUCACAUGAGGAUGAAAAUCAUUCAUCCAUGCAGACUACACCAUUAACUAUCACACCACCUACAUCGCAAGAAACUGUUGAUCAUCAAUUACACCAACCUUCCAAACCUGUCCAAAAGAAAAAAUUGAAAUCAUUUAUGGACAAAGUGGUACAAUUCUCCACAGAGAAUACAGGGUAUCAACCAUCUCCCAAGGAAAAGGAAAGAUUGAAAAUGGAGGAGGCAAAUCAACUGAAGCAACAGGUAAGUCAUGAACCUGUACAGCAGGAUGCAUCCGUAAUGAUGCGUAGGCCAUCAAUCAAUUCACAUCGAGGUGCAUCAACCACACUGCCGAUAGAAUACCCUCUCUAUCACCCUUCAGAAAAUAAAAGUGUUUCAUCAUUUGAAAGAGGACAAAACCACCAUCCUACAGCUUCUACUACAUUAGCCACACAAACCACAUUGUCUCACACUAAGGACAUCGAAAGUGCAACUUCAUUUGGAAGACGAAAGAGCACUACAGCUACUACAACAUCAUCGUCACAUAAAGGUUUAGGCGCGUUUGGUAUCCACAAAAAUAAAUCACCUUCAGCUGGACACCAUCAAGAACAUCAUACUCCAGUCGUUACAAAGCUUAAGAAUGUACAUCCACCAAGCUCUACAGACAAUACUUCGACGACAGCAUCAACGACAAAGAAGAGAGGUUUCUUUUCUAAAUUGUUCGGUCGUCAUUAA